GCCUCAGGAUGAGGGCUUGUUGUAACCCUAACUCUACAUUCUAACAUUUUUGAUUUGCGCUUUCAAAAAAGAGAAAAUGCUGAUUGGCUAAAUCUUUACCCAACGAGGCUCAACCCAAACAGCCUUCGCCAGCUUUAAGAGUCUUAUUUGAAUAUCUCUCCUUCGACUGAUUUGGGUAAAUCAAAUUCUGCUAAAGUAUGUGUUGUUAAACAAUAUGCACUAUGGGCUACUUUUACAUGACAAGCCUUUACAAAACUAAACAUCCGGCAUCCCGUUCAGAUGUCCCAGCUUAUACAGCUGGAGAGUUUCAGACUGUGACAGAACAAGUAGCCAAAAUACAAGCCACAGUCUACAGAUAGUGAUCAACAUGGUUACCUACAGUAGGUAGUUCGGCAAUAGAAUAUCACACUGGGGCUCCAGCACGGAUAAAACUAAUACUCACUUCUUGUGGGGCAAUACUUUAGGUAUAUAUAUAUUUAAAUAUAAAUGUGACCCAGAUAUCAACUUUGGAACUUGUUCAGGUGGCGGUGGCAGAUGGCUGCACGUCACCUUCACAGACCAUUCCAGCGUGGGUGCAUCCACUGUCCUACAAGACCUCAUUACAAUGCAACACACCCAGCACUCACACAGUCAAUCACAUGCCCUUAAAAGGCGCUUUUCAAGUGCCUGCUGUUUCCUCAAAGGCCUCUGUGGUGUGUCUCCAGCGGCUCCUGUGCAGGCUCUACUGGUGAGACAUGGGGCAUGCACUUCCUCAUUCACUGUCAAUGGGCACGCGUUUUUGUGUUUUUAUGGUGUGGAAUAUCGUGUGAUGAAUUAUGGGUUGGGAGAUCAGAUUGGGGACAUCAGUGGUGUUGUCAUACCCACAAUUCUGGAUUUACUUUGUAUUGUCUGUAACAAUAAAUAAUUAAAAUUAGAAAAAAAGUGAAUCACACUUCAGUUCAAAUCAAGUGAAGUCACGGCUUCAUUUAGUCUCGUAUUUCUGAGGCGCAACACAUGCUUAGUAAAAUCCGGUUGUUCCUGCUGAAAGGCUCAUGUGUCAAAGGGUCACAGUCCUCAUUGAUCCUCGUCCCUCUGUCUCUAGCGCCCUCUGCUGUCACCCCGCAGCACUGCAGCUGCGCUUAAGCUGCGCAUGCGUCGCUCCAUAGCCUCGCUCGGCUCCAGGAUUUUGCAGUUUUUGCAGAAUAGAGAGCUUAGGCUGCUGUUCUUUUGCAGCCUGACGUCCCUUUCCACGUCCAUUUUGAGGGCAUCAUGGGUGGCACGCAGAGCGCGGUGGUGCAGAAGCGGCUGGCCCGCUUCCGCCCCAACGAGCUGCCGCUGGUGGAGGGCGUCUUCGACAGGCUGCUGGCCGGCCCCGGGGCCCCUUCAGGGACAGCGGCUCUGACUCUCGAGAUGCUGCAGUCCUCCAUGGGCAGCCUGGCACCGGACUCCAUGGUGAGGAGGCUCUACCGGUGCAUGUGCCGUAUCGACCCUGCACCAGCAGCUGCAGGCCAAACCAGCGCCGCCGCAUCCUCCGCAGUGAGUCGAGAGCAACUGGUCAUCUUCCUGGCAGACAUCCUGCGAGGCACCGCUGAAGAGCGGGCUCCUCUGGUCAUGUCCAUGGCCCAGCGCGGGGACGAGGCAGGGACGUCUGUGCCGUGUGAGCAGCUGGCAGAGUUCCUCCAGGAUCUAAUUUCGGCUGUAGUUCAGAUCCUGGUCCACAGAGGGCUCCUGCAGGCCUGGCAGCCAGAGAAAAUGGGUGACCAGUCGCAGGGCGUCAAACUCCUGGCAGAGCAGAUUUGUUCUGAACUCAGACCCUCAGGUCAGGCAGAUCAUGAUGUUUCCUCUGUGGAGGACUGGAUCUUCAGGAUGUCCCAGGUAUCGUUGUACCUGGAGAUGCUGGUAGCUGAGGGCUUAAAUGUGUCCCUGAGCGGCCGGCCGGCCCCCACCCUGCUGCCCCCCUGCAAAGAGACGCCCUGGAAAGAUCUGACGUGUCUGCUGGUGGACAUUCCCACCCUCAUGUUUCUGGCCCCACAGCUGCCGGACAGCUGCAGCGCCCCCUGGAGGCUGGUGUUUUCCACCCAGCUACACGGGGAGAGCUUCACCCGGAUGGUGAGCGGCCUGACAAAGAGGGGGCCCACGCUGCUGCUCAUCAAAGACACCAAGGGCCACGUUUUUGGGGCCUUCGCCUCCCACGCCUGGGAGACCAAGCCUCAGUACCAGGGUGACUCAAGAUGCUUCCUGUUCACCGUUUUCCCCCGACUGAGGGUGUAUACAGCAACGGGAUACAACGAGCACUAUAUGUACCUCAACCACGGCCAGCAGACCAUGCCCAACGGACUGGGGAUGGGUGGUCAGCACGGGUACUUCGGCCUGUGGCUGGACAGCGAUUUUGGCCGUGGCCAUAGCCGCGCGCGGCCCAAGUGCACCACCUACGGCAGCCCCCAGCUCUCCGGAGAGGAGGACUUCACCGUGGACUCAGUGGAGGUGUGGGCUGUAGGCAAACCCCCUAAACCAGAGGAGGACGAGGAAGGGGGGUGCAAGAGAAGCAUCCUGGAUGCGGAUCUAGAGGUCCAGGCCAUGAUGGAAAUGACGGGGAAGACUCUCCACAGUCAAGGCUUCAGGGAGCCGGAGGAAGACUAGGAGCAGUGAAGGGCACCAUAGGUCAUCUCCAACAUCCAAGCCUUAGGUUUCUCUUUCCCUGCCUUCCUUUCAGCACCUACCUCACAUAUUCUGUUUGUUUUUAAAUUAAAUUAAAUGGUGGGAGGUCUUUCUAGAUCACUUUUUUCCUCUACUGGCUAUACUAUUUACGGCUAGCAGAGAUCUGAUAUGUUUUAAUUGACACAUCACACAUUAUAAUGUAUUGCACGGAGAAAUGAAAACCUAUAAGAAGAAACUUGUUUAUUUUGCAAAUGUGGUAGGGGUGGAUGGACUCUUUAAGUGUAAAUCUUUUUUCUAGUCUUCUUACCACAAGUUCCUUAACCCUACAUGUCAUUAUUCACCCAUUCACAUCGAUUCAUACACUAAUGAUGAUGCCUUGCAGAAAUAUUCACCCACCUUGGCCUUUUCCAAAUUUGCAAACUGGAAUGUAGAGACUUCUCCCAUUUGAUCAACACAACAUGCAUACUACUUUUGAGGUUCAAAAUAUAUUCUACUGUGACACAAACAAUAAUGACAACAUUAUCUGUUGGAUGCAUAGGUAUUCACCCCCCUGAGUCUGUACUUGGUAGAACCUCUUUUCACUGCAAUUCCAGCUGUCAUGUCUUCUGGGGUUUGUCUCCACCACCUUUGCAUCUAGAGAUGGAAAUGUUCUUCUGUUUUUGUCAUGAAGCUGAAGCCCAGUCAGAUUGGAUGGAAAAGCAUCCCCACAGCAUGAUGCUACCACCAGCACCAGCAUGUUUCACUGGUGGGAUGCCAGUGUGCAGAGUACCUCCUUCCACAUGGCUGGCUCGCUGUUCAGUAACGCUCUCUAACAAACUGAGGCCUUCACAGAACAUGUGUAUUUAUACUGAGGAUAUAUUGCACACAGGUGGACCCUAUUUACUAAUGAUGUGACUAGUGAAGGCAAUUGGUGGCACCAGAUCUUUAAUAGAGGUUUUAGAGUAAAGGGGGUAGAUACAUAUUCACUCAACUUUCAGAUUUUCUGUAGACUUGUAAAUAAUUUAGAAAUCCAUGUAAACUUUCCCCCGACAUUCAGGUGAUGGACUGUUUUGUGUCGGUACAUUACAUAAAAUCCCAAUGAAAUACAUUUGAAUCUAGACAUGACAAAAUGUAGAAAAGUCAAAGGGGGUUGAGGGGUUACUUCUGCAGGCCAAAAAAACAUGAUACUGCAGAAACCAACACGACACUAAAGUCCUUCUCACGGCUGCUAAAUGUGUCAUUACAAAAUCAACUCUGUUUAAAGGCAGCUUCUAGUCUGCAGUCCUUCUGAUCUCUUCACACAGACUGAAAGCUGAAAGGAACCAAUGUGUCUCUCAUUUGCUCCCAGCUCCACUGAUGUCGGAUAGAUCAAAGCAAACCUUUUUGGAAUGAAUGGUUAUUAGCUACUGUGGGAAAGUGCAUUGGAUAAGUUCCAAACCACUAACUGGUUUUAUAGGAAGGACCGAUCCCCAGCAGCCCGUUCUAAGGGAAGUCCCUUUGGGAAUCGCUGCGUGACGACAUUUUUUUUAUUGCUACAGUAUUUAACUAUCGUUAGUUUUAAGAGACGCAACCUAACACUGGCCUGUUAGCCAUUAUACGUAUACGUGAACAUGUGACUGAUGGAGAGACGGUUCCUCAUGGAUCUGGUCUGUAAAGCUCAGAGUAUUUAGGGGAUUUCUCGACUACAAGAGGAUAGCAGGGGUUCUGAAUACUCCCUUCCUUCUCAAACAGACAGCUGUGAAUAAGCUUCUUGAAUACAAGAGACAAAACUACCUCUAGAGUUCUCUGUGUGGAUUUUUUUAUCUGUAGCAUCUGCUGUUGUUCACUGUCUAUUGUGUGUCCAAUAAUGUCACAUUAAAUGGGAGGAUGAACUGA